AUGCCUGCAAAUUUCAAUGGUUACUGGAAAAUGCUUAGCAAUGACAAUUUUGAGGAGUAUCUGAAAGCACUGGAUGUAAACAUUGCUGUGAGAAAAAUUGCCAACUUACUAAAACCUGACAAAGAAAUCAUUCAGAAUGGAGAUCAUAUGAUCAUUAAAACGCUAAGCACUUUUAGAAACUACAUAAUGGAAUUUAAUGUAGGAAAAGAGUUUGAGGAGGAUUUAGCAGGGGUGGAUGAUCGCAAAUGCAUGACUAACGUGAGUUGGGAUGGAGAUAAACUUCUUUGCGUACAGAAAGGAGAAAAAGAAGGCCGUGGUUGGACCCAGUGGAUUGAAGGAGAUGAAAUGCAUCUGGAAAUAAGAGUAGGCGGUGUCAAAUGUAAACAAGUCUUUAAGAAGGUACAGUGA